CCGGUUUUCCCACCCACAGCGAGUUCCUGCGCCUACAUGUCCCAAGGCCCUGAUGAGGUGGUCAAUUCACCCACUCUAACUGAACCGGUGGAAUCCAUUUUUAGUGACUUUACUGCUGCCCCGGGACACGAAACUAGUUUGGACCUCUCUUCUGGCUCCUCAGACUCCAUUGAGCGUCAACCGCAUUCUUUAGCUCACUUUUUUGCCGGUCUCCUACGCCCCAGCUUUGAGGACAUUGACGUCGCUGUGAAGACCUGUGUGGCCAGUCAAGUCAGCUUGCAGUCUCUUCUAGAACGCCUGUCUUUAGACCUUUCCAGGCUUCUGGAAGUAAUCCCACCACCUGUCGACCUGUCCGAAUACGUUAAGAAGGUGAAUUCCGCAAAGACCCGCAUCACUACAGUCUAUAACCAAUUACAGAGUCUGCAGGUAAGUCAUCUGGUUGAUACUGUCGCAUUGUUUUGA